AGGGGCGGGGGGGCCCGCGCGGCGAUGGCGGCGGGGCCGGAGCUGUGCCCGCACUGCCGCCGGCCCUUCAAGCGGCUCCGCGCCCACCUCCCGCACUGCAAGGCCGCGCCGCGCCCGCCGCCGCCACCGGGAUCGCCGCCGCCUCCGGGAUCGAGCCCCCGCCCGGCCCCCGCCAGCGCACCGGGAUCGGCGCCGGCAGCGAGCCCCCAGCCCUCCCCCGCCGCCGGCUGCGUGCCGGGGCCCACACCAGCGCCAGGUCCCGGCCCGUCCCCCGGUACCGCCCGAGGUCCGGGUGCUGCCGCCGCCGGGAGCGGCUCCGGCCCCGGGCAGCCCCGGGAGGCGGCGGCGGCGGGAGGGAGCGAGGGAAGCGCGGAGCCCGCGGUGCAGGACGUGGCCAGGAGCCUGGAUCUGCACCCCGAGGAGGUGGAGGAUGUUCCCGGGAAGCUGGAGAAGGGGCUGAAGGUGGUGAUCCGGAAGCACCGUGCCAGGGUGCUCCGGGAGAAGGAGCCCGGGAGCGGGGCAGGGGCAGCGGGAGGCCGCGGAGCGCCCGGACAAGGGACGGAUCCCGGUCCUGCUCCCCCCCCGCAGCGCCCCAAAACUGCUCCAAAAUCCAAGCGCAAGGAGACUCGGAGCCAGGGAGCCGUGGGGAACGGGGCUGGGAGCUCUAAGGAAGAAAAAAGCCGUUUAAAGGCAACAAAGGUACUUCAAGAGCCCCCUGAAAGCAGAAAUAGCCCCGGUGACCUCGUCCGGCAGGAGGGGAGAGACAAACCCACGGCAGGAGAGGAGGAGCAGGUGCACCUGGAAGUUGGGGUGGGACAUAAAGCCCCCGUGUCUGCUUUGCACCCCAAGAACCUCCAUCUGUCACUGACGGAGGCGUUCGGAGCUCACGGCCGGGGGACAUCCAAGAAUGAGCUCAGCAGCCUGCCGGGGCCGCGGGACAGCGGGGAGCAGAUGGACGGAGUGUCCGAGCCCAUCCUGAGCCUGGGCAGAGACCCGGGGCUGGCUCUGCUCCACGCCCCCAAAAUCCAGCCCACCUGUUCAUGCCAGGCCUCUGGCAGGAGCACCAGGGCCGGCGCCAGGGGCUUCGAGUGGUUUCCAGACUUGUAUCCCGAUUAUGAAGGGCUGAGGAUUUUUCCAGGGAAGCGUUUCCAAGAAGAUGUGAGGAUCACAGUGGAGACACCAAGGGGCGGUUUCUCGCAGGGGCAACAAGGUCCCCUCUCGGAGAGGCCCCUGAUGGAGGUGAGGCUGGGGGAGCUGCACACCUGGAUCAGCACCUGCAACUUCUCUCCCCAGGGGCUGCUGGGAGCAGUGCAGAAAGCCUGGAGCAGUUACUGUGCCAAAUACAUCCACGUGAGGCGGGGGGGACCCGCUGGGAUCUCCAUGCUCCUGGCUGGGUACUGCCUGCUCAGCUAUGGCUGGAACUAUCAGCACCUCAAGCAGCACCGCUGGCGAAAAUACCACUGAAGGAGCUGGAGCAGCACCCAAGGAACAGCCACGGCUCCUUGGGAGGCAGCAGAAGCACCCAGGACCGGUAUCCCAGCAGGAAUUCCCAGCAGCAGAGGCCUGGUUGGGGCUGGAGCUGAGGAGGGGCCGCUUUGCAGGUCCCCUCGUGUAGCAGAGAGGUGACAGGGCCAGCCUGUGCUCACUCCUCUGUGGGUCAGGCAGCUUUUAGUAGUGAGGUAAGAAAGCCUUAGAGCCACCCUGAGAGAUCUGUGUGGGCAGCAGAGCUCCUGGAGGCUGCAGAGUCCCACAUCCCUUGACUGGGACAUGGGACAGCGCCUUGUCCUGAGCUGGCAUUAGAGAGUAUUUGGUCAUUCUGCUGUAGCUGAGUGUGGGCACUGAGGGUUGUGGCAGGGUGGACUCCAACCCCAACACCCAUUCCCUUUAAAUUCAGAGCUGUGCCUGGCCCAGCCCAGUUUGUACUCACCCCUGGUGCUGGUGGGACUGGCCAGGACCUGUAUGAAGGCACUGGAGCAGCAGCUCAGACCACAGCACCCUAAUUCCAGGGAAGAAAAAUCCAUGGGAUGAGCUGUUGUGCCCAAGGGGCAAACCCGUGUCUGCAGCAGACAAACCAGGACAGUCAGGAGUGCUAGUUGGAGCCUGCCAUUCCCAGACGUGUCUGGGAAAGGGUUGGUCACGUUGCAGGCAUGGAAGAAAAGCCAAGAAUUAAAAGUCUGAGCUCUUUAUUCUGCAGAGUGCAGUAGUGCCGUGACAGAGGUGUUGCACCAAAAACUCUCUCACCAGCAAUAAAAACCUGUGUGGGUUUUCCUUUCCUG